GGUAUACAGACUGCUAUGUAGUGUUGUGUACUUCACAUUUGGACAACUGUAGUGUAUCAUCCGGGUAUUCUGUGCAUUCAGACAGUUCUAAUAACGUGGACAUGAUGCCUACUACAUAUAGUGCCAAAUGAGAUAGGGUGUAGGGUGGUUGUGUACCGCUUUCCACACAGCCCGUAAACGUAGUGUAUGCGCGACAAGGUUUGUUUUCUAUCCGGAGAGCAGCGAACAUGGACAGAAAUGCAGUGGUUAAAGUGGGCGCGAUGGCGAGCGUCACUAUGUGCGCGCUGUUCGGCGGAGUCGUGCUCGCUCAGUACAUUUUCACCAAAAAACAGAGAGCAGGGAAGAAAACCAAGAUAAUCGAGAUGAUGCCAGAGUUUGAGAAGAGCACAGUUCACAUCAGAGACCCUGAGAGGGUGGAGCAGAUUAUCUGCAGUCUCAUUAAAGGUGGAGCAUCGAAACUGCAGAUCAUCACAGAUUUUGAUAUGACGUUAAGCAAGUUUGCUGUCAAUGGAAAACGUUGCCCAACAUGUCAUAAUAUCAUUGACAACUGCAAGCUGGUGACAGAAGAAUGUAGGAAGAAGCUGCUUCAACUAAAGGAGACGUAUUAUCCAAUAGAGAUAGACCCUCAUCUGACCAUGGAGGAGAAAUAUCCAUUUAUGGUGGAGUGGUAUUUUAAGUCUCACACAUUAUUGGUAGAACAAAGAUUGCAAAAGGACAAACUUCCAGAGGUCGUGAGAGAGUCAGAUGUCUGUCUAAGGGAAGGGUACGAGCAAUUCUUUGACCGGCUGCACCAGCACAGCAUCCCUGUGUUCAUUUUUUCCGCGGGUCUGGGAGAUGUGCUGGAGGAAAUUAUCAGAAAAGCUGGCGUCUACCACACCAACGUUAAAGUUGUGUCCAACUUCAUGGACUUUGAUGAUAAUGGGGUUCUGAAAGGCUUUAAAGGAGAGCUGAUCCAUGUUUACAACAAGCAUGACGGUGCCCUGAGGAACACAGAGUAUUUCAAACAACUGAAGGACAAUGGAAAUGUUAUUCUGCUCGGAGACUCUCUCGGUGAUCUCAAUAUGGCAGAUGGCGUGCCCAACGUAGAGCACAUCCUCAAAAUCGGCUUUCUUAAUGAUAAGGUAGAAGAAUGGUUAGAAAAGUACAUGGAAUCUUACGAUAUAGUUCUGGUGAGGGAUGAAACACUGGAAGUGCCUAAUUCCAUACUACAGAAGAUCUUAUAAUAGACACCGCAGAGCCACCGGCCCACAGCACAGCCUGCGAGGAAAAGACUCAAAUUCCAGGAUAUUCAGAGUCACCUGGAUAAUUCCAGCACUGAGGCCAGCCUUCAUGUGUCGACAUGUCUCACAUGCUCACAAGCCAUACAUACUUCACCCUUUGACCUUUUUAAAGUUGUGUCCUCUCAUCAUAAUGAACUAUUUUAAUAAACACAUACAUCUGUAAACGAAUAUCAAAGGAAAAAUGUCAUUUGCAUAAUGGUAAAAAAUUGUUUUUAGAUAUUUUUGAUAUGGAAAUUCAGUGUUUGCAAUAAAAGUUGGGACAGUGAACAGUACAAAGCCCAACUGACAUAUCACAUUCAUCAUCAUUCUUAAAAUGAUGUGCACUUUUAAAGUCUGAAACAUGGAACUUUGCAUGCUCUGAUCAAAAUUAAAACAAUACUGUUAAUUGCUCCAAAAGCCAUGCUGUUUCAUGUAUUGUGUGCUUUGUCUUGUGAGAAUGUGUAAGCAUAAUUUAUCAACCUUUCGGUGUUAAUAUUUGCACAACCUUCUGAUCACCAGUGAGUUGCAGUGCUAGUCGUGACAUGCCUUUGAACAUCAGACCAUCAAACAAGCAAAAUGUCAUGCAAUUACAUACACUCUACUGUGUCUGCAGGUUCCUACAGCUAUCCAAUAAACAAACAGCGUUUAUGCACAUCACAGUUAAGCAGAGAGGGCAAGAGCCCCGACCGCGACGCUGACGUACAGA